CGCUUCUCUCUCCUUUCUCUCUCCUUUUAAUUGCCUUUCUCCCCAUUUACUACCUUUGCAUCUUUUUAUUACGAUUGAUUAUUAUUACUUUACUUCUUAAUUACGUAAGUUUCGAUUCUUCUCAUUUACAAGAAAAUUCAUUUACUACCCAUCUUCUCCAUCUUCAGCCGCACCACAUCCGCACCUCGCCGCACUUGGCCAUCACCUCUCCUACUGCAAUUUUUCUUUCGCUCACCUCAUUAUUCAUCUCCCCCAAUCUAUCGACGGUAACUCGAGAGUCAUGGCGCUGGGCUAUGUGCAGAGCACAUCACGAGCAUAUAAUUUUCAGAAGAUUAAGGUCUAACGGGAUUUUAGCAUCAUGACAUUCUUCCAUCUCAGAAGACAAGUUGGGUUCCUUCAUUAGGGAGCAAGUUUGCUGAUUGGGCCGAUAUACAUGAUAUAGUGACUGCUAUAUGUUACCAUCCAAACGACAAGAUAGAGGGGCAGUUUGGCAGGUAGAAAAGAAAAAUACCGCCUAACAGACCGAAGGUUCCGAUCGUUGAAGUUUUGGGCCAAUAUGCGGACCGUACAAAAACUACCUAUUAUCAUGGAGCCCUAGGUAUCUAUAUUGUCCUAAAUACUUCAAAGUCAUCAUUUACAAUGUGAGUUCUGACAUGAUUUUUUACUUUUCAUUUAUCAUCCAUCAUAUUAUACAUUUCGGGAUGUUUUUAGCCUUCUUUUAUAUCUAUAUGUUCCUCCAAAGAUAAAAUUCCUUUUUUGGCAGCUCAUGGUGGGUGCUCAUCCUACGGCAGAUAAGUUACAACAACACAGGGUAAAUGUGUUGGCAGAUUGUCCAGUGUGCAGCGAAGCGGAGGAGAAUGUUUUACAUUUUCUUUUGUAGUUGUCUGGAAACUAGAGAAAUCUUGUCUAAGUUAGGCACUCAGUUUGUGCGGCCAGUUGUUUCUUUUGUUGAAUAGAUACGAGUUAUGUUUGAGCAGUUAACAGAAGAGGAUUUGUGCAGAUUUACAGUGUGCUUGUGGAGCAUAUGGAAACACCGAAACAGCAGGUGUGGAAGAAAUCUUAUUUUUCCAUUAGGAAUGUGAUAGCAGGGGGAGCUGCAGCUUUGGGAGGUUGGCAUGAAGCACAACUACAAAGACAAAUAGCAGGGAAUGCAAAUCAUGAGGGAGCAAAGUGGGGGAAACUGGGAGUGGGGAGGACUAAAGUAAACAUGGAUGGGGUGGCAACAGAUUGGUCUCCGUUUAUAACGGAGGCGGUAGGAGUACAUGAAGCAAUGUUUUGGGCAAAGGAGAAAGUCUGGUCACGUACGGUUGUUGAAACAUAUGCUUUGUUAGUGGUGAUUGGGAUUUAGGGAGAGUCGGGUUUAUCUUAUUAUGAUAUUAUUAUUCUUGAUUAUAUUAGACAUAUGUUGCUAUCUGAUGAAAGCAUUGUUAUUAAUUAUUGUAUACGAUCUACGAAUUUGCUCAUAUUCUUGCUUGAGUGGGCGUUUCUUUGUCAGGUUGUAAUGACACCAAUUAUACGGUGCCUGAUUGCAUUGUAAAUCUAUUGGGCAAUGAUUAUUUGAUUUAAUAUAUUUGAACGUUUUCCAUAAAUAAAA